AUGGCACCGAAGAAGUCCGCAAAAGCCGCCGCCGCCGAGGAGGGCGAAGGCGCGGCUGCGCAAACCUCCGGUCUCGGACCCGCGACCCGCGACGGCGAAAUUGUGUUUGGCGUCGCGCACAUCUACGCCUCGUUUAACGACACUUUCAUUCACGUGACAGACCUCAGCGGCCGCGAAACCCUUGUCCGCGUCACCGGCGGCAUGAAGGUCAAGGCAGACCGCGACGAAAGCUCGCCGUACGCUGCCAUGAUGGCUGCUGCCGAUGUCGCCGCCAGAUGCAAAGAGCUCGGCAUCUCGGCUGUCCACGUCAAGGUCCGCGCAGCCGGCGGGACUCGCAGCAAGACCCCUGGUCCCGGUGCACAGAGCGCUCUCAGAGCCUUGGCACGUUCUGGCAUGCGCAUUGGCCGCAUCGAGGACGUCACCCCGAUCCCGACAGACUCCACCCGGAGAAAGUCUGGUCGCCGCGGUCGCCGUCUCUAG